GCCCGGUCGCCGCAGCAACCGAGCCGCGCUCUGUCCUCGCGUCCAGACUAGCUCUAGGCCGCAGAGCUGGCGACCCAGGGGGAAUCGCAGAGUCCCGAAAGCCUGAAUUACACCUCUCUGUCAAGUGAGUGCGCUUCCUCCGAGGCCGCUAGGGAAGGGCGCCUUUACUGGAGCGGAUGGACCCGGAGCCAGCCGCAGCGUCCCCCCCCGGGCCGAGUCUGUCGUUGGUUCACUGUCGCUAUCGCUCCGGAGUUGUUUCCGUUUGCGGUGCCUGACCCUAGCCACUGCAGAGGUUCCUGCUCGCCCACGUAACCCAGAGUUUUGGAUGUGGAAACGUCACCCCUUUAGUUAGAGAAUAUUUGAUUAGUUUCUGUAAUCACAUAGACAAGGCCUUACAUAUUUAGUAGAGUGAAACUACCCCAGUACAAAUGGAAAGAAAAUUAAGCUCAAUGUGUCUGGACUGCUGAUUUCUGCACAGUGUCAACUCAACACGCAUCGUCAGAAGUGUAUAGGAUAGAGUUUAUAUUUCCAAAUGGAGACAAGUAUGUCCAUAGUCCCCAUUUCAGAGCUUCCCUUCCUGGAUAGAUGGUGACUGCACUAGAACACAAUCUGGGAGCUAUGAGAGAAACGGAAUGGGCAUCCAUACCACGCCUAACGGAAUUGUCUACACAGGAAGCUGGAAAGAUGACAAGAUGAAUGGCUUUGGAAGACUUGAGCAUUUUUCAGGAGCUGUGUAUGAAGGACAAUUUAAGGACAAUAUGUUUCAUGGACUUGGAACUUACACAUUCCCAUCUGGGGCAAAAUAUACUGGAAAUUUCAAUGAAAAUAGAGUGGAAGGUGAGGGAGAAUACACCGAUAUCCAAGGCCUGCAGUGGAGCGGCACCUUCCACUUCACGGCGGCCCCUGGCCUGAGGCUGAAGCUGUACAUGUAGACCCGCUGCACUGGGGCUGGGGUGUGGCCCCGGAGAGCCUCCGGCGGAAGCCUCCCGCCCCGCUCUGUAAGCUUACCAAUAAACUGCGCUCACCCGUGCUUCUCUGAA